AUGAUGAUGAUAAUUGCAAUGAAGAUACAAACAAUAACAAUAAUGAUGGUCGAUAACUAUAAUAACAAUAAUAAUGACGAUGAUGGUGGUGAUAAUUACAACAAUAGCAACAAUAAUAACAAUAAUACCAACUACAACAACACGGAGAAUAACAACAGUAAAACAGUAACAAUAACAAAAACAAUAACGACAAUAAGAAACGCUAACAGUAACAAUGAUAAUAAUGAUGAUUAUAAGAUAGUGACAAUCAUAUACAGAAGAUAA